UGUCUCAGAGGCAUCUCAACCAGCUGCAGACUGGCAUGUUCCCACUGUACAUGUAGAGACCCAGCAGUGCCACAGACAGAUGCCAGUCCUCCCUGGGAGAAUCACUGCACCCUCAGGAUUUAACAUGAUCUUUCUGGUCGAGCUCUGCUUCUGCUUCUCUCUUGUCCUGGGAAAUCAGGAAACUGAGAAUACUGAGAGUAACUUGUUUGAGUUUACAAUCACAAAUGGCAUUGCUGAAAAAGUUGCAUCUCGGUUUCCAAGACAAGUACCAUAUGCAUCACGGAGGGAAAUCAGGCCCAUUGUUACUGACUUCACUGUGAAAUCCACCAUUAUGUCUCGCUACGCCUUCACUGCCGUGGCCUGCACCAUGGUGAAUAGGGCUGUAGAGGCGAAAGAGGUUGUAUUCCAGAUGCAGAUCCCAGCCGCAGCCUUUGUCUCUAACUUCACCAUGAUAAUUGGAGGCAGAACCUAUCAUAGUGAAGUCACAUGGAGGAAAAAAAAUAGAGAAAACAAUAUGCUGGAUUAUGAAAAAGAUAGAGGGGAGAAUGGAAUGGAAACAUUUAAUGCAUCUGCCGUAAUCCCAGGUCGAAAUAAAGCAGUUUUUCUGCUGAAGUAUGAGAAGCUUUUGCAAAGACGUCUGGGAGUGUAUGAGCAUGCAGUCAGUGUCCGUCCACUGCAGUUAGUAGGCAACCUAUUGGUGGAGGUCAAUAUUUUGGAAACAUCUGGAAUUACUUAUCUAGAGGUUCUUCCUCUUCAGAACAAGCAGAAGAGUAAAAAUACUGAUGGACCAGCCCCUCCUCCAUCCACGGUAAUCAAUCAGACCGAAAACUUUGCAAGGAUAACAUUUAAGCCCAAUGUGUUCCAGCAAGCAAAGCUAAUACAAAAUGGGAUUCUGGGUGAUUUUGUUGUUCGCUAUGAUGUCAGAAGAGAGUUCAGUGUUGGAGACAUUCAGGUGUUAAAUGGAUACUUUGUGCAUUACUUUGCACCCACAGAUCUGCCCCCACUGCCAAAGAAUGUGGUUUUUGUGAUUGAUACAAGCGCUUCUAUGGUAGGAACUAAAAUUAGACAGACUAAAGAAGCUUUAUUUACUAUUCUUCGGGACCUGAGGCCUGACGAUCACUUUAAUAUAAUAGGAUUUUCCAAUAAAAUCAAAGUUUGGCAGCCAAACGAGCUAGUCAAAGUCACGCCUAACAAUAUCCGAGAUGCGAAAAAAUUUAUUUUUGGCUUGUCACCCACAGGAGGUACAAAUAUAAAUGGUGGUAUCCAGACAGCAUCAAAUCUCCUAAAUGAUUAUCUUGCUAAUAAUGGCAAGCAUGAGAAGAGUGUCUCUCUGAUUAUUUUCCUGACUGAUGGGCGACCUACUGUCGGGGAGAUUGAAUCUAGCAGAAUCUUGAGAAAUACUAAAAACGUUAUUCGAGAAAAGUUCUGUCUGUUCAGCAUUGGAUUUGGAAAUGAUGUGGAUUUUCACCUGUUAGAGAAACUGUCUCUGGAAAACUGUGGCAUGAUGCGUAGGAUCAGUGAAGACGAAGAUGCUGCACUUCAACUUAAAGGGUUUUAUGAUGAAAUUGGGACGCCUCUGUUGUCUGACAUACGCAUUGACUACCCAGAAGACAGUGUUGAGUACAUAACUCAGAACAUGUUCUAUAACUACUUUAAUGGGUCUGAAAUUGUGGUGGCUGGAAAGCUUCUUAACCAUUCCAAAGAUAUCCUGCACGUAGAAAUCAAAGCAAGCAACAGCAAUAAAUAUGUUAUCCUUGAAGCAGAUAUAAAGAUUGAAGGUGCUGGACAAAAUGAGAUUACUGGAUCUGAAAUCCUUGAGGACGGUGAGGAAUACAAGAACCACAUAGAACGGCUGUGGGGUUACCUGGCAUUCAAGGAAUUUCUGACAGCUUGGCAUAAAAGUGACAGUAAUGUCGAGAAAGAAACAAUUACAAGAAAAGCCAGCAAACUUGCACUGAAGUAUAAUUUUGUGACUCCAUUUACAUUGCUUGAGGUCAAAGACAAUGGAUUCCAGGCAGAUUUUCCCAAAGAGGAUUCAAGCCCCCUUUAUACAGAGGGGAUUGGUCAGAAACUACUCACACUGCAAGGGAAAAAAGUUACUCAAGAAAUUCCAUCUAAACUAGCAAGCAAGAACAAACCAACGAUGUCAAAAACAUCAGCGGAUGGCGAUCCCCAUUUUGUUGUCGACUUCCCAUUGAGUAAGUUGACAGUGUGCUUCAAUAUUGAUGGUGAACCCGGUGACAUACUGAGACUUGUGUCAGACCACAAAAACUCUGGUGUAACUGUAAAUGGAGAGUUGAUAGGAGCUCCAGCCCCACCCAAUGGUCAUAAGAAACAAAGGACCUACUUCAGCAGAAUUACCAUUAUCAUUAAUAAGCCAAGGCGCACCUAUAUAGAGGUCACUCCUUUCAAGGUCAUCUUGGACAGUAGAGACCGCCUCGUUCUCACAUGUGACAAGAGUGCAACAGUGAACAACGAUGAUCUGAUGGUCUCCAUUGCCGCUAAAUCAAAUGUCACUGUAACCAUCCGAGGGACCAUCAGCUUUGUAAUUCUGGUUCAUCUCUACAAAAAUCCAGCCCCAUAUCAGAGAAAUCACUUGGGAUUUUACAUCUCUAACAGCAAAGGAUUGUCUGCUAAUUCUCAUGGACUUUUAGGUCAGUUCUUAUAUAAUGAAGUUAAAGUCACCAAUGUGUCAGUAAGCACCAAAGGCCAAGCCCCAACCCAAGCUUCAAAUGUUAUCAGUAUGUUGAAGGUGAGAAAUCGCUCAAUCCCUGUGAUUAGAAAGCAAAGAAAAUUGUAUAAUGGUCUUCACCAAGUAGACUGUUGGUUUGCGAAAAACAAUGCUGAAAAACUGAUCGAUGGAAUUUAUCACGAUUAUCUGGUAUCUCAUCUUUUCGACUGUGGGAACGAUUUAAUAACCAAUGAAAUUUAAAGCAGAAAAAAAUCAUCAUGGACAACAUUGGUUAUAUUCAGCCAGGAGGCGAUUUGUGGAACUAGAUGAUGAUGCCAGUUUUCUUACAUAUGAAUCUAUCAUACAUAGUGGGUAUAUACUGCAGUAUUUAUGGGUUACAGAAAAUACUGCGACUUACUUGCACAAAGUGUUAUUUGAGAACAGUUCAAAAUGGACCAAAGCAAAUGUUUUCUAUGUAGUCGACACGAUGCUCAACCUCAUCACUGCAUAAAUACUGUAGGUGCAAAAGGCAAAGAUUUAUUUUAAUCAUACUUCCAUAUUGUAUUGUAACUACUUGUGUGCAAUGAAGGGCUGCAUUGUUUACUAGAGUCAUUUACUAAAUUGUUUUUUUACUAAUCACCCUAUUUUUUCAUUUGGGUUUAAAUGUAUUUUGUUGAAUGGAUUGUCUUAUGGAUACUUUACGUCAAGAACAUUUUAAUCAAUGAAUAAACCACUUCCAUUUUAACAUAUACAAUAGAAUUAUACACAGUUAAUACAAGAGAAUGUGUUACAUAGAGCACUAGAUACAUUUGAAGACUGGAGGAUCCUAUAUACAUUGAGAUUGAGACAAGUUUACAUUGGUUUAGUUGAAUGUGAACAUUCAGUAAGGAUUAUACCACUGUAAGCAGAUUUUUUGUCCGGCCAAAUCCCUGCACUAAUGUCAAUGGACUCCUGCAGGGAAAGGUAGUAUCAGGCUGUGCCGGAAAUGAUGAACUCUGGAGGGCUGUUCCUCUACUGGAAGAGCCUGCCAGAACAUUUUAGUGCUAGUGUGAAACUACCCUUGCCUAACAUCUUGGAUAAACAUAUCUUUAGAUGAGUUGUGCAAGAUGACCAGGGCAGAAAAAAAAAAGGAUGGUUUUAGAACACUGUGCCAAGGGUUAUUAUGCUACAUGUUUUUAUUUGUGGCAACCUGGUAGAUGUGAAUGGCAGCCUGUUAAGGGUUUUUUCUAGUGGCCUUGACAAUUUCAGGACAAAAGUCCCGAUUGGACAGUGAUCGGGAAUACUUUAAGUGGGUGCAGUUAUGUCCUUUAGGUAACUGGCCACCUACAAUUCCUCCGAGUACUCCGGUUUCCUCCCACAAUCCCCAAAAUAUACAAAAUAGGGAAAUUGGCUUCCUAUGAAAUUGACCCUAGUGUAUGUUGCGUGUUGGGGUUGAGUGCCUACAUGGCUACCACUGACUUCCCAGGGAAUUGCCCCAGGUACAUACAGGGGCGUAGCUAAAGUCUCAUGGGCCCUGGUGCAAGAGUUCAGCUCAGGCUCCCCCUUCCCUCAGUGCUUUGUUGCCAGGGGAGGCACAUAGAAUUCUUGUUGCCUGAGGAAAAAAUUGAAACGGCACCCCUCCAAUGCCAAAUUCUUGACCUAAAAUCUUCCCUCCAACCAGAGGUGAAACUUGACCAGCAUGGACUUUCUAUAAUGCCAGUUUCUUCUUAUGCAGCACAAGGGUCUUUGGGCCCCCUCAGGCUCCUGGGACCAGUAGCGACUGCUACCUCUGUACCCCCUAUAGCUAUGCCCCUGCACAUAACUAUACCUGUGCUUUGAGUCCCUGUGAGAAAUAUGCAUAAAAAAUGUUUGUCAUUGUCAUACAAUAUUUUUAAACUUACAGAGGUCAUUCCUUUAGCAUCACACAGAUCUUAAACAUUUGGAUCUAUAACCUACGUUGCAAUGUAAUUCAUAAAGGAUAUAGGACACAUGUAGCCAACAGUUGUAGGUAUGUCUUGUAAAACAUCUAGGUAUAUGUAGGACAUCUAUACCUGGAAGCUGUUGCCAGUGUCUACGUCAUCAGCAGGGAUUAUAAAGCUAAACAUGUCAAGAACCCCAUAAAGCAGUGCUUCCCAAACCUCAAACUCCAAAAUCACUCAAAAUUGGGUGUGCUACUAAAAUAUAUCUGCAAAUCUCACAAAGUAUUCCUAUUCAGAUGCAAAUAAUUGAAAUUAUCCAAAUUAAUUUGUUAAACUGACAUAAAGAUCACACAGAAAUAUUUGUAUAAUUUCACGUGUGGCCUUUUCUUAAUUAUCUCUCGUCACUUGCCUGUGCAGUGAGUGUUUUAGCCACACUAAAUAAAAAGGACUUUCUGAUAACCACGUCCUUUUUGGGUCAUGAGCUGAAAAGUUUGUGAAGUGCUGCCAUAAAGGAUUCACCUCUUACGCAGAUAUAGGAUAGAUUCGUAAAAGCACUGUAACAGGUAGAAACCCUGAUGUAUACACUACUAGUAAUAGAUUUACCAAAUAAGAUAGUGGCGAAUGUAUCUAAAGAUACAGAGAUAUUAUCAUGUUACUUGUUAGUGACAGCAAUAAACUAUUUCAUGUUACAAGUUUCUUCCAGAUGAUAUUCAAAAAAGGACACAGUCAUGGAGUCUGUGAAUGCACUGAAAUGUAACGUGUCAUUGGACUUUGUGUUUAGCUCCUACUGUACAUCCAGUAUAGACUGUUACUUUCUGUAUAUAAGCUGAUUUUGAUCACAUAAAUGUAAGGCCCCAUUCACAUGAGCCUAUAUCAAGCUUGUAUUAGAUGUGUAUUUUAAAGGCCCAGAAGCUAAUAUAUUGAUAUUCACACAGCCAUAUUUUUGUAAUUUUGUAUUGUUAUAUGCAAUCCCCAUUUCUAAGUACAGUCAUGUGAAUAAAGCAGUCUGCAGAAAAUAUGGAUAGAAAUAUACAUUAAAAAACACUGAUAAGACAUGGCGCUUUAGGCAUACCCCUACAUACUGAGAACAGGGGUACCUAUGCGUAUGUCUAUAGGGGUUAAAACCACUUUAUUAAUGCCUACAAGGUUUGGCAGAACCUCACCUGCUGCCAGGGAAAAUACAUUCUUAUGGUUCAACCCUAUCACUUGCUCUAAAAUAAGUGGUAUCAGACUUGUGUGAAAACCUGGUUCUCUGCCUUGUAGACUUAAAGGGGACAUCAACAUCCUUUAGCAUCAAUUUUUUUUAAAAGUAGCUGUAAUUUUGUAAUAGAUUUUUUUUUAACCUGUAUUGCUCCUUUCUUCUGUUUUAGGCUGUGAUCACAUGACCAUGUCCAUGCAGCUCCUUCUUAAUUCCUGUAUUUUAUAUCCAUACAGGGGCAGUGUCCAUAUAAUUAGCUGGGUGGGAGGAGCUAUAAACUAUCUGGGUGUUGUUAGGGACAGUGAUAGGGGAGCGUCUAUGUAACUAGCUGGUGGGAGGAACUAUAAACUAGCUGGGUGUCGUUAGGGGCAGUGAUA